CAUGGUGGACUCGCUUGACCGAUGACUUUCGACGAGACCGUGGACUCGCUCGUGACCGCUGGUGGCCGCGCUCACAGAGAGGUUUAACUUCAUUCGGGGCACCCAAUUUCCAGCGGGAUGUACGAAGACUACAACGAGCAGUAUGACGCCUACGACGACUACGGGCCGCCAGAUGUGCACGAGCAGUACGAACGGCCGAGCUAUCGGCAGGUGCCCGAAGUGGUGCGCAAUUUUCUGGUAUUUCUGCGCAACUGCAUCAACGAGGGCAUGAUCUUCGAGAUCCAGAAUCUGUACGAGAACUCGUUCCCCAAGAUCUCUGAGCAGCUGUUUGACAAGUCGCCGUGGCCGGACGCCUCGACGAUCGCUCAUAUAGUCGACAACGACGCGGUGUUUCUUACCCUCUACAAGGAGCUUUACUAUCGUCACAUAUACGCACGCAUGCAGGGCCCGACGUUGGAGCAACGUCUUAGUUCCUUCUACAACUAUUGCGAUCUCUUCAAUUAUAUCCUGCAUCCUGACACACCAGUGCAGCUGGAGCUGCCCGAUCAGUGGCUGUGGGAGCUCAUCGACGAGUUCGUCUAUCAGUUUCAGUCGUUCGCCCAGUACCGUGCCAAUCUAUCCAACAAGACACCGGACGAGAUUGAGAAUCUCAACGCGCACAACAAAAUCUGGGAUGUUCUAUGCGUGUUGAACGUCCUGCAUUACCUGGUCGACAAGUCGAAGAUAAAGAGCCAGUUGGAAGUGUACGCAAGCGGUGGCGAUCCGGACUCCGUGGCCGGUGCUUUCGGCAGGCAUUCCCUCUACAAGAUGCUCGGCUACUUCUCACUCGUUGGCCUUCUGCGACUGCACUCUCUGCUAGGCGAUUACUAUCAGGCAAUCAAGGUCCUGGAGAACGUGGAACUCUACAAGAAGAGCGCGUAUUCCCAUGUACCUGGCUGCCAAAUCUCAACCGCGUACUAUGUAGGCUUUGCGUAUAUGAUGAUGCGUCGUUACGCGGAUGCGAUCCGAACCUUCUCUGGCAUCCUUCUCUACAUCCAACGCACAAAGCAGCUGUUCGCCACGCGCAGCUACCAGAACGAUCAAAUCAAUAAGCAGACCGAGCAGAUGUAUCAUCUAUUGGCCAUCUGCUUGGUACUGCAUCCACAAUGUAUAGACGAAGGCCUUCAGCAGGCGUUACGGGACAAGAACUACCACGAGAAAAUGUACAAGAUGCAGUACGGUGAUCUCACCGAAUUUGAAAAUUGUUUCGUGUUUGCGUGUCCAAAGUUUCUCUCUCUGACACCACCAAAUCCGGACAAUCCCAACGAGGACUAUGUCCGCGAGGCCAUCAAACAUCAGACCCAAGUGUUCAUGGACGAAGUGGUGCAGCAGAAAAUGUUGCCAACCAUUCGUUCAUACUUGAAACUUUACACAACAUUGCCGCUGAGUAAAUUGGCCACGUUUAUGGGAAAUAAUACGAGAUCGGAAAUCGAGGGAUGGGAUCUUGACAGGGAAGUCACCGCGUUGACGAUCCAUUUGUUAUGCUUCAAGCACAAAAUGAAGAAUAUUGUUUGGACGAAAGGCACGUCAGGGCUGGACGGAAAAUUCCAAUCUGGUUCCGAGUUGGAUUUCUAUAUUGAUCACGACAUGAUUCACAUCGCGGACACGAAAGUAGCACAUCGUUAUGGAGACUUUUUCAUCCGCAAAAUACUGAAGUUUGAAGAAUUGAAUCGUAAAUUGCAUCAUAUAAAGAUUUAAUUUUAUAUUAUUAAACAAUUUUUAUUAAACAUUAUGAUAGUAUGCAAAAAGGAGGAAAUAAACUUUUCAAAAAUAUUUAUUUCUAUUCAAUAUUUGUCGUAAAUAUUCUUCGAUAAUUGCAAUAAAGUAUAUAUAUAUAUAUAUAUAAUUCGUGAUUGGCAGUGUAUUGUAAUGCGCAUAAUAUACAAAUAACAGCAAUGUACAAAAAUCUACAUUCACAUUAUGUUUUGCGAUUUUUUGAAUUAACCAAACAAAAUUAUAUUUAGUGCAAAUCAUGUGAUAAAAAUACAAGACAAUACAUGUAUAAAAAAUCAGCUAUUGUGAACACGCGAUACAUUUCCUCUGUUAAUAUAAAUAAUUUUAAAUGCAA